ACGGCGCAUGCUCCGGAAUCUCAUCCUCUGGCCCUGGAGCUGCCGCUGCCGCUGCCGCUGCCGCUGCUGCUUUUGCUUUUGGGGCUGAGUUUAAUAACCCGGCGAGCGAGCGAACGCGGGGGAAAAAGGCAGAGAAUGUCCGCCAUCUACCCUCUGCUCCCGGGCGCGCUCUCAUUCAUAGCAGCCUCUUCAUGAAUUACAGCUGAGGGGGGCGGGGAGGGGGGGUACCUCACAACACCCCAGCAAACCUCCGAGCCCCCAGGCAUGGCUAGCUCGUGUGCCGUGCAGGUGAAGCUCGAGCUGGGGCACCGCGCCCAGGUGAGGAAAAAACCCACCGUGGAGGGCUUCACCCACGACUGGAUGGUGUUCGUGCGCGGCCCGGAGCACAGUAACAUUCAGCACUUUGUGGAGAAAGUCGUCUUCCACUUGCACGAAAGCUUCCCUAGGCCAAAAAGAGUGUGCAAAGAUCCACCUUACAAAGUAGAAGAAUCUGGGUAUGCUGGUUUCAUUUUGCCAAUUGAGGUUUAUUUUAAAAACAAGGAAGAACCUAAGAAAGUCCGCUUUGAUUAUGACCUAUUCCUGCAUCUUGAAGGCCAUCCACCAGUGAAUCACCUCCGCUGUGAAAAGUUAACUUUCAACAACCCCACAGAGGACUUCAGAAGAAAGUUGCUGAAGGCAGGAGGGGACCCUAACAGGAGUGUUCAUACCAGCAGCAGCAGCAGCAGCAGCAGCUGUAGCAGCAGCAGCAGUAGCAGCAGCAGCAGCAGCAGCUGUAGCAGCAGCAGCAGCAGCAGCAGCAGCAGCAGCAGUAGCAGCAGCAGCAGCAGCAGCAGCACCAGUUUUUCAAAGCCUCACAAACUAAUGAAGGAGCACAAGGAAAAACCUUCUAAAGACUCCAGAGAACAUAAAAGUGCCUUCAAAGAACCUUCCAGGGAUCACAACAAAUCUUCCAAAGAAUCCUCUAAGAAGCCCAAAGAAAAUAAACCACUGAAAGAAGAAAAAAUCGUUCCUAAGAUGGCCUUCAAGGAACCUAAACCCAUGUCAAAAGAGCCAAAACCAGACAGUAACUUACUCACUAUCACCAGUGGACAGCAAGAUAAGAAGGCUCCUAGUAAAAGGCCCCCCAUUUCAGAUUCUGAAGAACUCUCAGCCAAAAAAAGGAAAAAGAGUAGCUCAGAGGCUCUAUUUAAAAGUUUUUCUAGCGCGCCACCGCUGAUACUCACUUGUUCAGCUGACAAGAAACAGAUAAAAGACAAAUCUCAUGUCAAGAUGGGAAAAGUCAAAAUUGAGAGUGAGACGUCAGAGAAGAAGAAGUCAACUUUACCGCCGUUUGAUGAUAUCGUGGACCCCAAUGAUUCUGAUGCGGAGGAGAAUAUGUCCUCUAAAUCUGAUUCUGAACAGCCCAGUCCUGCCAGUUCCAGCUCCAGCUCCAGCUCCAGCUUCACGCCGUCCCAGACGAGGCAACAAGGUCCUUUAAGGUCUAUAAUGAAAGAUCUGCAUUCCGACGACAAUGAGGAGGAAUCAGAUGAGGCAGAGGAUAAUGACAAUGACUCCGAAAUGGAGAGACCUGUAAAUAGAGGAGGCAGCCGAAGUCGCAGAGUCAGCUUGAGCGAUGGCAGCGAUAGCGAAAGCAGUUCUGCUUCUUCGCCCCUACAUCACGAACCCCCGCCACCCUUAUUGAAAACCAACAACAACCAGAUUCUUGAAGUGAAAAGUCCAAUAAAGCAAAGCAAAUCAGAUAAGCAAAUAAAGAAUGGCGAAUGUGACAAGGCAUACCUAGAUGAGCUGGUAGAGCUUCACAGAAGGUUAAUGACGUUGAGGGAAAGACACAUUCUGCAGCAGAUUGUGAACCUUAUAGAAGAAACUGGACACUUUCACAUUACAAACACAACAUUUGAUUUUGACCUUUGCUCGCUGGACAAAACCACAGUUCGUAAACUACAGAGUUACCUGGAAACAUCUGGAACAUCCUGAGGAUACAACAACUGGAUGCAUCAAAAACUUGGGUUUUUGUUUUUUUUUUGGUUGUGAUAUUUUUUUGUUGUUGUUUAUAAGAAAACACUCAGAAUGAUGCAACCAAAAGGGAAAAAAUAAAAAUCAAACAACUUUCAGCUUUA